CAGCUGGCUCGACUACUCGAAGGCUGCUCUUAGUCAUAAAAUAUGUCUGGCGGGUCUUGUACAAGCUGUCAGAUCUAGUACGCACGUAGCUUGCAAUUUAGCGCAGUGUGCCAAAGGCGUGCAACUCGUACUGCUUCGUGUAGUGUUGUAUGAAUAAGCUGAAAUUGGUGCAUGCAAAGACCCAUUUGCCUUGUAAACCCUUUUGGUGGGAAACUUGAUGAGUCUGCUUUGUUUGUUUCAGAGCAGCCAAUAUCCUAUUUGGCAAACCAGGGUGACUGCUUCAUUGUGACAUCAUGCUUUGUCCCGAGUGUGAGGUGGCAAAGACAUCUGAUGAUGACCCAAUUGGACCUGCCGGAUUGGUGUUACCAGAGCGGCCAGAUGGCUGUCAGCCACUCUCUGACCUCAGCCACGCCACCAUCCUCACGGACAUGCUGCAGCAGCUGUGGCAGGAGCAGCUACUCUGUGAUGUCACAGUGCGGGUGGAGGAGCGCCAAUGGCGCGCCCAUAAAGCAGUGCUGGCUGCUGGAUCACCAUACUUCAGGACCAUGUUCACGAGUGACUACGUGGAGAGUCAGGAGCCAGUCGUGGGGCUGCACGGAUUUGACAGUGACACCUUCGACGCCGUCCUAAACUACAUUUACACGGGCCAUGUCGAGCUGAGCCCGAACUCAGCGGCCGCACUGCUGGACGCGGCUGAGCACCUGCAGCUGUCGUCGCUGCGCCAUCACUGCCUGCAGUAUCUGUCGGAGGUGGUGACUCCCGAGAGUAGCAUUGCCGUCUGGCGACUGGCGCUGCUGCACGGCUCCGCCGAGCUGGCGCACCGCGCCCUGCGCCUCGUGCUCGACAACUUCAGCGCGGCGGUGCGCGACGCCGACUUCCUGGCGCUGCCCGAGGAGGCCAUGGUGACGCUGCUGCGCGCCUCUCACAUCGCCGCCCGCGAGGACCAAGUGCUCUAUGCACUGUGCCGGUGGACGGAGGUGGACACGGAAGGCCGCCUGCCAGCCUUCCGCCGCCUGCUGCGAGACGUUUGCGUGAGUCAGCUGGACCUGUUCAAGCUGCGCUCGGCCACUGAGCUGCACCCCUGCCUGCAGGACCCAGAGGUGCGCGCGUACCUGGACUCGCGCCAGGAGGAGGCGCUCAGCAGCCGCUAUGACCGGCCGACAGAGGGGCCGGACGGGCCGCCGGCAGAGCCCGUCCGCCGGUGCACCGACUCGCUGGAGGUGAUCCUGGCGAUAGGCGGCGCCACCUGUGCGGGCUUCUCCUCGGGCGUCGAGUGCCUGACGCUGGGGUACGAGUCGUGGAAGUACUCAAUGCCGCGCGCCGUCAGCGCCGUCAGCGACGCCGUCACCACCACCGAGCCCAUGGCGCGCAUGGCCGAGAUGCGCACGUUCGCGGCCGUCGCCGCCGACGAGGAGCACGCAUACGUGUUGGGCGGGUUUCGGGACAUCGCGUCUCUGCGCACGUGCGAGCGGUACUCGGUGCGGGAGAACGCCUUUUCGCCGCUGGCCGAGCUGCCGGCUGCACUGCACGGCGCGGCGGCGUGCUGCGCCGGCGGACGGCUCUUCCUGUUCGGCGGCUGUCUGGACGCUGUGGUCACCAACCGUGUCUGGAUGUACUGCGAAGAGCGCGAUGAGUGGGUGGACCGGUCGCCCAUGAUCGGAGCGCGCAGCCAUCACUGCGCCGCCGUCGUCCGGGGACACAUCUACGCUAUUGGCGGCAUUGAUCCAGGCGGUGCGUACCUGAGCUCCGUGUCUCGCUACGACCCGGACAACGAUCGAUGGACGGUGGCGCCGCCCUGCGGGCCGCCGCGCGCUUACGCGGCCUGCGCCGCCGUUCGGGAUCAGCUGUUCCUGAUCGGCGGCCACAGCGGCCGCCAGUGGCUGCGUACCGUGAGGAGGUUCAGUCCGCUAGAGAGCCAGUGGUACGGCCUUGGCACGAUGCCGCAGCCGCUGGGCCAAUUUGCAGCCGCCGUCUGCGACGACCGGAUCUACUGCGUGGGCGGCUUCACAGGCUGCGACUACCUGCACACGGUGAACAAGUACAACCCGCGCACCGACCGCUGGCACACCGUGCACGGCCUCCACAUGGCCCGCAUGGGCCUGGGCGCCGUCACCGUCCGUGUGCCUGUCACCAAGGGCAGCGAGGUGUGACGCCAGCGCGGACAGCGAUCUGUGACGUCACUGAGGAAGACGAGAUGUGACGUCAAUAGAGACGGCGGUGUGCGACGUCAGCGCGUGGUGUGACGUCACUGAUUUCUUCCCGCGGUUUGUCACCUUGCCAGUCGUGGAUGGGAGGGUCUGUCUUUAUGCCCUCUGUUGGCACAGGUGUAGGUCCAUGUGACGUCACAUUGCUAGCCCAACGCGCGAUGCUCCCUCAGUGGCCCUAGGCUUUAAUCUGGACGUAUGGCGCUUUCCCCCUCUUGGACUCCCUUGAGCCGGUCCCGAUAUCGUAGGGGCUGUGAACCCCGGCGUCCAGAGUGCUGAACCCGGCGUUCGAGGUAUUCGGAUGUGUCGUUUUCUGGCGGCGGGGCUGAGCCCGAUCGUGCCCCAAUCGAAACGUCUAGUCGUGGUUUGCUGGCUACAGGCGAGUCAUCUGCGGUUUUGUCACGCGCUGUUUGGCGCUGGCUGUCCGCUGGGAGCCAAGUCCGUGUGCUGUGCGUGUUACAGCGCCGCUGUGCUGCUGUGUCUGUGUUCCGUCAGGACGCACACAGCACCGGCGACGAGCGCGAGUGCGUUUAUGUUGUAGCCCAACUGUGCAGUGCUGUGGCGAAGUAGGAGUUUAAUACAUGGCUUGUCGCCGUUCAUGAA